AUGGUUCAGUAUCUCUUCCAGCCAGAAAAAGUCUUAGAUUGUAGGUCCGGAAUUUCACACAUAAUUUCAAAUAUAGAGGCAUGCACUUCUGUGGCCAAUUCAUUAUCCGCUACAUUUGGUCCUUACGGUCUUGACAAGCUUUUCUAUGGGAAGAAACUUCUCCUUACCAAUGAUGGUGCAACUAUACUUGAAAAUAUGAAUUUCAAACAUCCAAUUGCCAAGCUUUUAUGUUCGCUCAGUAAGUCUCAAGACAACGAGGUGGGUGAUGGUACAACUAGCGUAGUGCUCCUGACCUCUGCAAUUCUUAAUUCCCUACUAUCUCUUGUGAAAGAGGAAUUUUCAACUGAAAUAAUCAGAAACGUCCUCAAGGAUAUGAAAAGGCAAUGUUUAGAACGAUUGGAGAAUUUAAAAAUUGAGUUUUCAGAGGAAAAUUUAAUAAGGCUUGCAGAAACAUGUCUUAAUUCAAAGAAUGUUAGAGGAGACAAGAGUCAUUUUUCUAGAUUGCUUGUUGAUGCAUUGUCAUGUGAUGACGAUCUCUACAUAGACAAGGUCACUGGUGGGUCUUUAUCUGAUUCGUUCUUAGUGCCAGGGAUUGCGUUUAAGAAAACAUUUACCUACGCCGGAUACGAACAACAACCUAAAAAAAUUUUAAAUCCUAAAAUUUGCUGUUUAAAUAUUGAACUAGAAUGGAAAAGUGAAAGGGAAAAUGCUGAAAUUAAGAUUGAGAGUGUGGAGGAAUAUCAAAGAGUUGUUGAUGCUGAGUGGAAAAUAAUCACCGAAAAGCUUGACGACAUAAUAAAUUCUGGUGCAAAUGUUGUUUUGAGUACAAUGUCAAUUGGAGAUUAUGCUACUCAAUACUUUGCCAGGGCUGGUAUUUUUUCUGCCGGACGGGUACACGAGCUACCAAAAAUUGUAAAAGCAUUCAAAGGCAAGAUUUCUAAUUCUACGAAAUACAUCAAAUUGGGAACAUGCGAGUUGUUUGAAGAGAGACAGCUAGGUGAGACUCGAUACAAUUAUUUUGAAGGUAAAAAUGCUCGAUCACGCACUUUAAUACUGCGAGGGCCUGGAUCAGAAAUAUUAGAAGAAGUAGAAAGAGCGGUUCAUGAUGCUGUGUGUGUUAUAAAAACAGCAAUAAAGCAUCAAAACAUAGUUUGUGGUGGUGGAUCUGUUGAAAUGCAGCUAAGCAAGCUUUGUAGGGAUUUGUCUUUCAAGAUAGGUGCUGAGAAAAUGUUUGUGUAUCGAGCAUUGUCUAUGGCAUUUGAGAAAAUACCUUCUCAGCUUGCAGCCAAUUUUGGAUUGGAUCCUGUUUCGGUACUGCAAAAUUUACGACAGUCGCACUCUACCAGUAAUUUUACCGGUGUGAGCUUGAAGGGAACAGAAGAUAUGACUAAACUUGGUGUUCUUGAGCCGUUGGAGGUAAAAAAGAAUAUGGUCAAGGCAGCCUUUGAUGCGGCGGAUACUAUUCUUUCUAUUGAUUCGACAAUUAUUAAUAAAAAAUAA